AUGUUACGUUUAGAUCGCGUCAAGUCGAAAGCUAGACAUUAUGCUCGUAGCGAUUCGGGCUCCAGUGGUGGCUUUAGUCUCUUUAGAACCACUUCAAAGGGUUCAAGAAGGUCAUUGUCCUCCUCUCAAGAUAUCGAAUCUGGUCUACAAGUCCCCCAUAACAAUGCUUCACAAACAAACUUGAGCGACAUUCAGGAAAGAGCAAGCCAAGGAAGAAUUUCGCAAGAUGGUGAACGGACGCAGCCCACCUCAUCAACCACCGAGCAUACUACUAACGGCUUUUCUGAGAAGACAAGUCAGGGUUCGGGAAACAGUACUGAACCUACGAAUGGAAACGUGGAGAAGGGAAUAGAGAGUGGGACGAGACGCCGUGGGAUCCAUUUGCCAUUCAUGAGGAAAGGGAAGGACGAUUCGGAGAGUUCUGCUGUCCAGGAUGAUGAGGAGAAAAAGAAGACAAUCAACAGAAAUUGGAAGCAUAACCCCGCGCCAAUAUGGCAACAGGUCAAGUUCAUCCUGUUGGAAAACUGGCUGAACGUGUUACUGGUCGCUUGUCCUGUUGGUAUCGCUCUCAAGGCAGCCGACAGCAAUCCGUAUGCUGUCUUUGUCGUCAACUUUAUCGCAAUUAUCCCUCUGGCUGGCUUGCUCAGUAACAGUACCGAGCAGCUGGCUCUGUACACCGGUGAAACUCUUGGUGGCUUACUGAACGCAUCUUUCGGAAAUGCCGUGGAGCUUAUUGUUUCCAUCCAGGCCUUGGUAAAAGGCGAAAUAGUUAUCGUCAAGACGUCGCUCAUCGGUAGUAUCCUAUCCAAUCUGCUUCUCGUAUUGGGUAUGGCGUUCUUCUUUGGUGGCAUCAAUCGCGUCGAGCAAUUCUUCAACGUCACUGUGGCGCAGACUGCUGCUAGCCUGUUGGCCCUUUCAAUUGGCGCUUUGAUAGUUCCGACUGUCUUUCGCGAUUGGACUCCAAUCGAUGGAGGUACCGAGCAAGAAACCGAUCUACAGAACAAAGUAGAAGCCCUUUCUCGUGGCACAUCUAUCAUUCUUUUGAUCAUUUACGGAUGUUAUCUUUUCUUCCAGCUUAAGUCCCACAAGAGCAUGUACAAUGAGAAGAGCGAGAAGGGAAUCAAGCGCAAUCUGCGAGGCAGGCCAACAGAAGGUGAGGCCUUGAAAGCCAUCGCAAAUGCUGGCGCUGGUUCAGGUGCCGUUGUUGGUGGUCACAUCAACGCGGAGAGAAACUCUGCCUACGAACCGGAAGAAGAGGACGAGGAGGAAGAGCUGCCUGAACUAUCUGUAUGGAUGGCGGUUCUGUUCCUAUCCAUCUCGACCGCUCUCGUUGCUGUGAAUUCUGAGUUCAUGGUUGACGGUAUCGAUUUCAUCACUGCACCUCCUAGCCCCGUCAGUAAGACAUUUGUUGGUUUGAUCCUCAUUCCCAUCGUUGGUAAUGCUGCUGAGCAUGCCACUGCUGUCACUGUCGCCAUUAAGGACAAGAUGGAUCUUGCUAUUGGAGUUGCUGUCGGCUCCUCUAUGCAAAUUGCUCUUCUGGUACUUCCUCUCAUCGAUGUUAUUGGUUGGAUCACUCAGUCCAAAGACUGCAUGGGCAAUGAGAUGUCCCUCAGCUUUGAUGGUUUCCAACUUGCUCUCAUCUUCGUUGCUGUUCUCCUCGUCAACUACUUGAUACAAGAUGGAAAGUCUCAUUGGCUGGAAGGCGUCUUGCUCAUGGGCAUGUACAUCAUCAUUGCAACCGCAGGGUGGUUCUACCCUACUACAGACGACUGUCAGGCGUGA